AAGAUAUAUAGAUGCAGAUACAACACAGCUAGCUGACCACCAAAUUCAUAUCUCAUUGUGUAGAGCAGAAUUCAACAACAACUGAACUGCUGAAUUGAGGAUCCUAGACCUAGGGAGUAACACGAUCUCUCGGAUUACAGAGAACAGUUUAUUUGGCCUGCAAAGCUUAGAGACUUUAACACUGUUCAAUAAUCCCAUCAUGCAAAUUGCAGCAUUUGCAUUCAUCCACCUCACUUCGCUGACAAACGUAGAUUUAGGGUACAUUCACCAUCCAUCCAGCCAGUGGGAGAUACAUGUGAGUGUGAAUCUGACGCACAUAUUCGGUUGAGUCUUCCCUCAAGCGCUGACUCACAUGAUUAUAAGCUCCUGUUGUCCUCUCAACAUCACCGUCGGCAGCAACAGCACCCCAAAACCAGGCUUCACCCUGCAGCUCUUCACUCCAUUGAAUGUGAUCUUCCAGGACUGCUGGAGACCAUUCUUCCAGUCUGUUGUCAACCUCAGGGCUGUAACAGGACAUCUUCUGUGUGGAUCUCACUUCGUCGCAAAGUACUUCCUCUCUCUGCAGGAGUUUGAGUUUGAGUUGGUUCUCUCACCAGAGUUUGUGAGAGAACCAACUGUGGACAUGACUAACCUGAACAGGCUUGUGCAGCUGAGGCAUCUGAAGCUGACAGGAGUGGACCUCAUCGUGCAGCCAGUGUUGGGCAUCAUGUUCCACAACCUAACCAGGCUGGAGAGCCUGAGCUUGAUCGAAUGUAGCAUCCUCACUCUGGAGGAGGAUCUGAGCAGAGACCUGCACUCCCUCAUUUUGAUUCAAGUCCAAUCCCGAGAGGAGUUUAGCAUGUUAGAGGGCUUUCCAGAGCCACUGACCAGCCUGAGGUAUAUGGAGUUCUUCAGUCCUCGCCUGCAUUGCAGCUGUGACAACGCCUGGCUGGACAACUGGGUCAGGAGACAGAGACAAGCCCAGGUAAUUGUUUAGCUAAAUGGGGAGUUGGAGUUGACAUGCAAAAAUGAAGGUGGCAUCCAGAACUUCCCCAGGUACUCUGUGGCACACCGCUCCCUGGACAUGGGCUUUGUCCUGUUCCUCUGCACCUCACUGGGCCUGCUCCUCUUCAUGCUGAUGGUGCUGCUCCAUCAGCUGGCCGGGGACUACCUAAUGGCCUUCUGCCACAUCGCCCGUGGCUGGCUGGAGGAGGCACGUAAGCCACUCAGGGUCAGGUCAGGCAGAGGUCAGUAAUCCAGAGUAGUGGGGCAAAGGUACAGGAAGGUAGACAGGCUCAGGGUCAGGUCAGGCAGAGGUCAGUAACCCAGAGUAGUGGGACAAAGGGACAGGACGGUAGACAGGCUCAGGGUCAGGUCAGGCAGAGGUCAGUAACCCAGAGUAGUGGGACAAAGGUACAGGACUGUAGACAGGCUCAGGGUCAGGCAGAGGUCGGAAAUCCAGAGUAGUGGGGCAAAGGUACAGGACGACAGGCAGGCUCAGGGUCAGGUCAGGCAGAGGUCAGUAAUCCAGAGUAGUGGGGCAAAGGUACAGGAAGGUAGACAGGCUCAGGGUCAGGUCAGGCAGAGGUCAGUAAUCCAGAGUAGUGGGGCAAAGGUACAGGAAGGUAGGCAGGCUCAGGGUCGGGCAGGCAGAGGUCGGUAACCCAGAGUAGUGGGGCAAAGGUACAAGACAGUGGGCAGGCUCAGGGUCAGGGUAGGCAGAAAGGUCAAAACAGUGAAAACUAGGAAACAGGCACUAUAGACAGGACAGGAGCAAGGGGGGAAACACUGGUUGGUCUGAAUGAACAAAACGAACUGGCAACAGACAAACAGAGAACACAGGUAUAACUACACAGUGGAUAAUGGGGAAGAUGGGCGACCCCUGGAGGGAGGUGGAGACAAUCACAAAGACAGGUGAAAAAUAUCAGGGGUGUAACAGUAUGUUAUCUAUGUCGUCGUUCAGCCAGAAUGUUCCGUUGGUAGGAUAGUCUCAACUGUAAAUCGUCAAGUUUGUUUUCCAGUCAUAGCACGUUGGCCAACAGAACCGAUGGUAAUGGCAAUUUACUGACUUGCCUACGAAUCCUAACAACGCACCCCGACCGUCUCCCUUGGGCCUGGUCUCCGGAGAGCAGUAUAUCCUUCGCGUCGGACUUAUUAAAGAAAAAAUCUUAGUCCAGUUUGAGGUGAGUAAUCGCUGUUCUGAUGUCCAGAAGAUCUUCUCGGUCAUAAGAGACGGUAGCAGCAACAUUAUGUACAAAAUAAGUUACAAACAAUGUGAGAAAACACACAAAAUAGCACAGUUGUUUAGGAGCCCGUAAAACAGCAGCCAUCCCCUACAGCGCCAUUGUCUUAUCCUCCUGGAGGUGUUUCAACAACUUGAUUGGAGUCCACCUGUGGUAAAUUCAAUUGAUUGGACAUGAUCGUGAAAGGCAGACACCUGUCUAUAUAUUUUUUUUAUUGAAUCUUUAUUUAACUAGGCAAGUCAGGUAAGAACAAAUUCUUAUUUACAGUGAUGGCCUAACCUGGGCAAACCCAAAUCCAGACUUCGCUGGGCCAAUUGUGCGCCGCCCAAUGGGACUCCCAAUCACAGCCGGUUGUGUUACAGCCUGGAAUCAAACCAGGGUCUGUAGUGACGCCUCUA